GAAGGGAAAAGGACAUCUUUCAUGAAAAGUGGGCAUCCAAAAGACAGACAUCAUCUCACUCCCAGUUGACACAAAAGUCUAUGAUUGGUAAUGAAAAGAAACUCAAACAUAAAAUAAGCAUCACCAUGCCAGGCCUGAUCAACAAGGGGCGGCAGAAUGCUCUGCCUCUCAGUGUCUCCGAGAUCACUUCCUGUGUCAGAGGUUACACUCUGGCCCUGACAGCAUCCAUGACCUACAACAACUUCGAGGACCAUCCUAUUGAGGGUAUCUUCAUUUACCCACUGGAAGAAUGCUCUACCGUUGUGGGAUUCGAGGCUAUGAUCUCCAGCCAAAUAAUAACAGUGCAAAUCAAAGACAAGUCCAAGAUGGAUGACUGUUACUUUGAUUGCUGCACUACAGCUAAUGGAGCCCUUCAGAGUGGCAGUGGACAUAUAGUGCUGGACGAGGACUUGGAGAGGACGGUGUUGGUAGUGAAUCUGGGAGUCAUCCCCCCUCUGGAGACGGUCAACGUGCUGGUCAGCACCUCCUCUGAGCUACCCACCCUGCCGGAUGGGGGCAUCCGUGUCAAGUCACCCUCCGUGUGCACCCCGAGGGUCCAGAGGACCAUCAACGAGGAGCAGGGACUCUCCCCUAACUUCCAGAACAGAACGAGGGAUAGGCAUAAUUGUGCCCUGGGUCCACAUGAACAGACUCCCAUAACUCCCCAGUUGUGCAUGGGCCUGCUACUGGAGGAGGAGGCCAUCAACUCCAUCGACUAUGAGUUUAGCUUCCAGCUGGAGAUCAGAGCCCCCUAUCUCCUCGCAGGUGUGGAGAGCCCCUCUCAUGCGAUCCGGGCCGACGCAGACCCCCUGGCCCGCUCAGCCACCAGCGUUGUCAUCACCCUGGCUGACAAAUACACCUAUGACUGCCCUGUGGAGAUCCUCAUCUACCCCAGCGAUCCUCAUCUGCCACAUGUGCUGAUUGAGGAUGGAGACAUGACACUGGGGGAGUACGAUGAUCACCUCGCAGGGAAGAGUGACUUCAUCAAGGCCACCAAGAAGGACUCCAGCAAUGAAAAGAAAGUGGAUAUAAUUCGUAAGCGUCUCCACAAGGACAUCCUCCACAACCCUGUGGUCAUGCUCAACUUCUGCCCAGACCUCAAGUCCAUGACCUCUGACCUGAGGAAGGUGCAUGGAGAGUUCAUCUUCCUCAUUGACCGCAGUGGGAGCAUGAGCGGGGUCAACAUCAGCCGUGUCAAGGAUGCCAUGGUGGUGAUUCUGAAGAGUCUUGUGCCUGCCAGCCUCUUCAACAUCAUCGGCUUCGGCUCCACAUUCAAAACACUGUUUACUACCAGUCAGAGCUAUGAUGAGGAAACAGUAACUAUGGCUUGUGAGUACAUCAGGAAGAUCCGAGCUGACAUGGGCGGCACCAACAUCCUGGCACCGCUCAAAUGGAUCCUGAGGCAGCCGAUGCACGCAGGUCAUCCUCGCAUGCUCUUCCUGCUCACGGACGGGGCCGUCAACAAUACAGGGAAGGUCAUCGAGCUGGUCCGCAGCCAUGCCCGCUACACAAGGUGCUUCACUUUCGGCAUCGGUCAGAGUGCUUGCAGGAGACUGGUGACAGGACUGGCGGCUGUUUCCAAAGGAACGGCAGAGUUCUUGGCAGAAGGGGAGAGACUGCAGCCCAAGAUUAUUAAGUCGCUGAAGAAAACCAUGGCCCCAGUGCUGAGUGACAUAGCCAUUGACUGGUUGUUCCCUGACACCAAGGAGGUGUUGCUCUCCCCAGUGGGCUCCACAUUCCUGUUCCCUGGGGACUGUUUGAUUGGCUACAGCGUGGUGUGCGACACCACGCGCUACCAUCCCAAUCCCAAAUCUGAUAAAAGGAGGCGCUACAGUAUGAUGCAUUCCAAUGAGUCAGCUAGCUCAGUGUUCUACCACUCCCAAGAGGAGGACCCAGGGACGACUACAGGCUUCUCUGACGGUCAGGGAACGCACAGGGACAUACACUCCGGCCCUCCGUUUGACUCCUAUUUGGACUCCAUGUCAGAAAGCAGCCCUGGCCCCAGAGAACAAAACGCCAUGGGAAUGGACAGCAAAAUGUCACCUAGAAGACGUCUGUUUAGCACCAACCAGAUAGUGGACCCCAACAUGAAGAAGACCUACACUCCCAGUGACCCCAGCUCUGUAGAGGGGAAGAACCCACUGAGGAGAGCGAAGGUCCAGGAGCUGAAUGGACAGACCAGCCCUGACUAUGGAGCACAGUGGAAGAAUGACUACCACCCACAGCUGGUGAGUCUGUGUGCCACGUCUGCCAUGGCUUCCAGGGGGUGCCCUGCCAACGGGGCUUCUCACAGGCCCUCCUCCCAUCAGGAGGGGGCUCCCCAAGGGGCAGACCCAGAGCAUGCCCCAGGAGGAGCCUGGAGCACCGGUGGGGAGGACGGCUCCUCUUCCACUGACCCUUCUGUCGGCAGCUUAGGCGACGCGGACUGCUACCCCAAUCAGCUGUGUGAGAUAGAAACCCCCCAGGAGCCUCCAGCCACGCCAGACCUGAACACCACCCCAGCCAGUCAGGAGGUGGUGAAGGGGGACUGUAAGGCCGUGGUGUCGGGCCUGCUCUGCGGGAAGCCAGUCAAGUGGGAGGUGACCUUUGAUAUAAACCCCUACCUGAAGGGCAGAGAGCGGGAAGAGAAAGUUCACGAGGAACUGUGGAAUGAAACAUUCCAUCAUCUGGCUGGACGUUCCAUUAUUCAGGACUUUGAGCACAUGGCAGAUAAGGAGUGUGAAAUUGAGCAUGGUUCUGGCAGAAGGUACCAGUUGUAUGCCAUUCACACCAGCAAGGCCUGUAACAUUCUCAGUAAAUACACUGCAUUUGUCCCUGUUGAUCUGGACACUAAUGAAUACCUACAGACCUCAAUCGACUACAUCAACCCAGGUGAGGGUCUGAAGCGGGGAUCUCACUCAAGCUCUCGCUCAGGGAGCAGGAAGAACCGGGGUUACUCCAUCGGACUGGGCCGCUCCCAGUCUGGCUGCAUGUCACAGGAGGCUGAGGACGAACAUCUGCCCGCCAGUGUGGAAGAUGGUGUCUCUCCAUGCAGCACCCCCUCAUCCUCUGGCUGGGAAAGAUGCAGCUUUACAGAUGCCCCCCAGAGGAGCCCGUCUGUGACCUCAGACCAAUCACAGAAGUUGGUGGAGAGCCUCUUCUCAGCCAGGCUGACUCUCAGCCGGACAAGACUCCUGACCCGGGCUGCCAAGGGCUUCAUGUUUCGCUCACACAGCAAAACCAGCAACUCUGUGGGGGAGAGCGAAAAUGAAAAAAAAGACUACAUUCCUCUGGUGUCCUUACAGUUGGCGUGUGGUGCGUUCUGCCUGGACAGCGCUCUGUGUGAGGCCAUCAAUGUGCACAUGGACAAGCUGAAGUGGACAUCUCCCUUCACCAGCCACCGGGUCAGUCUGAGUCACCACGUCUCCCACUCAGCCAGCCGCUGCUCAGACAGCAGCGCUGCAGACCACAGCCACAGGUCCACCUCUCCAUCUCCAUUUGAGAGCUCAGCUAAUGUUACAGAGACCAGCCUGGCAGGCCACCACCAGGCUGUCAGCAGCUACAGCCAGGCGGGCCACAGCUCCUCACACCUGGCCAGGAGUCUCUGGACAGAGGGUGGGUCUGGAUCUUCUCUUUUCUUCCUGGGCGGCCCCUCCACCCCUACCACCUACGCUGAGCCCCCUCUCUCCCCUCACUCCCUGACUGACAGCAGAAGGGACUCGGAGUCGGAGAGUGUGGAAACCCCCCCAGCAGCGCCCCCUGGUGGCCUGGGGUCCGGUAAGAGGCUGGAUACGGAGGGCAUGGUGUGGGCCACAGCUGUAGCCCUGGCCUGGCUGGAGCACAGCUCGGCCAGCUACUUCAUAGAGUGGGAGCUGAUAGCGGCUAAGGCUAGCAUGUGGCUCAAUGCCCAGAGCAUCCCUGAAGGAAAGGACUUAGCCUCGGUCAAGUCUGCUGCCAACCAGCUCUUUAUCAUCCUCCGACACUGGGAUGAGAACCUGCAGCUCAACAUGCUCUGCUACAACCCCAACAGUGUCUGAGGCUGAUCGCAUCGCAUGGACCGUCCUCCAUCCCGACAUAUCCAACCAUACUAUGCUAACUGACUAACGGUUUACUUACUACCAUUUUGUAUUUGCUGUUUUGCCGAUUUUGUUAGUGAGGUUGUUGUGAGCAUUGUGUAGUUGGAUUGAUUUUGUUGUGAUAACUUCUAAACAUGUCAGAAGCUUCUCAGAGUUGUUUCCAUGUGGGUGGAUACAGACCAUGCAUUCACCAGCUAUGGGUCAGUGUAAGAAAUCAGAAGUGUUAGAGUAAACAUGCUGUAAAGUUACUUGCUGACUGUUUACAUAUUUGAGAGAAAAUAUAUGUUCAUGAAAAUAUAUGUAUUGUUUUAUUUAUGUUUAAUAUUUCCAUCAUAUUGGUGUCCAAUGAUGAAAGAAUCUGCCAAAACAAUUCCAAGAGAGUAUUCCAAUUAUUAAUAUUACAUUUAAUGUGUUUGAUCGUCACUAUCAUUUCAAAAUCCAAUUAGCCUGGUAGCAGAUCUGUUUGUGCUGUCUUGCCAACUAUGGCCAACUCCUCUUCUCAUGUUUGAUGUGCUGGCUACUGUACCCGGAGACUUCCAGCAAUUGCGAUAAGCUAACAUAAAAUAUCUUCCAAUUAUUUAUAUUGCAUCUAAUGUGUUUGAUCGUCAAAAUCAUUUAAAAAUCCAUAUUAUGAUAUGAAAAUUAGCCUGGUACCAGAUCUGUUUGUGCUGUCUUGCCAACUUUCCGAACUCCUCUUCUCAUGUUUGAUGUGUUUGUAUUGGAUAUUCAUCAGCCAUAAGUGCCUAACAAUGAUCAAACACAAACAAAGAUUGGUUAUCUGGAAUACGUAUUUAGAAGUUUCGCUGAUGUCAUGCAUUGUCCAUUCAUCAAAAUAUUGUUUGAUAUACUGUAUUAAUUGUGUUUCCAUAUAAAACAUGCUCAGCAUGUUUUCUUUGUAGGUGGUUUCAUUGUUCUGAAUAAUUUGAUAAACUUUUUCCUUGGUCCUUGUUAUCUUUUACAAGGCAUUGUACUUUGCUCUCAUAUUUACUCAUAAACUUGUGUUGUUUUACUCAGGUAAUAUUAUUUUCCUCAGGCUUUGGAAUUGCAUCCAUCUUGCUGCAUGGAAAACAGGUGUUUGUGUUUUAAAAGAUGUAUCAACAGUGGGAGCAAAGCAAUUCCCCCACAGUCAACCUAUUCUGCUGCAUUUGGCUGUCGGAGAAGAGAUCUAUUGUGAGUCUUAAAUGUCACCCUAUUCCCUUUAUAGUGCACUACUUUUGAGCAGGGCUCUGCUCAAAAGUAUCUCACUGCAUAGGGGAUAGGGUGCCAUUUGGGAAAUUUCAUAAUUUAAUUGUGAUCUGUAUAUGCUUAUAAUGAUUGUGGUGGCUGGCUUUACUUGUUGUAUUUUUCAAGUUGUAUUUUUCAAGUUUCGAGGUCAAACAUACACUACAUGACGAAAAGUAUGUGGACACCUGCUCACCGAAUAUCUCAUUCCAAAA